UAUAGCUUUUGGACGAUGAAGAUGUUGUCGGAUUGUACUCUCACCUUGAGCCAGCAUGACAAUCCCUUCUUUGGACAGAUACAUAGCCAUGGACUGCGAGACAGUCCGUACUCGCGCGGGUCAUGUCCUUGCAAAAGUCGGGAUGGUUGACCACUUUGGUACUGAGAUAUACCAGUCAUACGUAUUUGUAGAUCGAAGGAACGUCACAGACUGGAUCACACGCGUCCAUGGUAUCAAACCUGGAGACUUGGACGAUGCGCCUCGCUUUCAGGAGGUCCAAGCCAAGAUCAAGGAGAUACUAAAGGACAAGAUCUUAGUCGGACACGCAGUGUUCAACGAUCUUUCAUGGGUACAACAUCGUCAUCCGUACGAAGACGUCCGCGACACAUGCCUCUACUAUCCUCUUCGAAAGUCCAUCGGCGUUGAAAGAGAAGGCGAGUACCCAGGGUUAAAGAAACUCUACUUGAAGGCUUUCGGGGAGGAAAUCCAAAAGGACAUUCACUGUCCUGUGGAAGAUGCUCGCGCGGCCAUGCGAUUGUUCAUGAGCGUUAGGAAGGAGUUUGAGCAAUCUUUGGCGGCCGGUGAAGACUGCAUCUCUGGGAUGCCUGCGGCAUACCAGAAGUGGUUCUGGUGAUGAAGUGCUUUCUUAAUGCCCGCACGACACAGCAUGACCUCAUGAUGCUACGAAUUCCUCACGACUGCCAU